UUUCUUAUGUAAUCCAUUGAAUUCUAAAUUGAAAUCAGUUACUAGAAUUAGCCACAUGUAUAUCCUUUAUAUUGAUCUUACUUUUCAGCCGACUUAGCUACAGGACUUCAAUUCAAAAUUUCCAAAUUAAAAAAAUAGAAUCAUCCAAGUCAAGAAUUCAUUGCUAUCACUUCCGUAAAGUUUAAUAGUUUAAAGCUGGUGAGGAUAAUUUGAAGAACCAUGCUAUUACUAAUACUUACUAAUGACAAGAGACUAUCAAUCUACCAAAUUGUUCUCUUUUCCUGUCAUGCACAACGGGAUUUAGAGUAGACCUUCUAAUUACUCUUUACACAUUACUUUUUAAAAACUUAAAUAGUUGUAAAAUUUUGUUCAGUUUCAAGCCAAACCUAACUGAACUAGUUUCAAAUUACUCUUAUAUUUUAAUACGAACAGGCAAAUAAUAAAUAAAUGACAACUAGCUAAUCAAUUAUAAUCAAAUGAUAGCCCCAACAUUUGAAUAAAUAGACACCAACAAAUCUAUGAAAGAAUAUAAAAUCUAAAAUAGAAAUACAAAAUGACUGACUAUAAUGAGUGGUGUGUUUUGUGUCCCCUAUUAUUUCCAGUUAUGAGCAGUGGUGAUAGAAGUUGGAUGAAGUUGCCUAGAGUCCAUCCUAAGUAUAAGGAUAGAGUCAAUGAAUUUUUUAAUUUGGUAUUUACAAAAGUGGCAGUUGGUGGUUGUAUAAAUUGUCCAUGUAAAAAGUGUGCUUUCCGUCACGUGCAUAAAUGGCCAGAUGUGUAUAGUCUUUUAAUCUGCCAUGGUUUUGUUGAAGGGUACACUUUAUGGAACUUUCACGGGGAAGGUUUGCUUUCAAUGGAAACAGAAAAGGAUUUAGAGAGUGAACAUAUUAAUGAUGAGGGGUCGAACGAUAUUAAUGAUAUAGAUAUGUUAUUGAAUGACACUUUCGGGUAUCUCGGGGAGGGAGAAGAACAAAAUGUGGAAGCUAUGAACUUUUUUAAGUUGAUGGAAGAGGGUAAGCAAGAACUCUACCCCGGCUGCAAGAAGGUUUCAAAACUCUCUUUCACUCUUCGUUUGUUUCUUUUCAAAUGUAUAAAUGGGUUGAGUCACUUUAUCUUUUUGACUUUAAUAUGUCCGGGUCCCAAUGAUCCAGAAAAAAAGACAGACAUUUAUUUCAACCCCUUAUCGAGGAGAUGAAAGAACUUUGGGUCAUUGGGACACCAACUUGAUGUUUCAAGGGAUCAAAAUUUUAUCAUGAAAGCUGACAUCAUUUGGACCAUUAGCGACUUCCCUGCCUAUGACAUGCUUUUAGGGUGGAGCACACAUGGUCUUAUGGGAUGUCCGAUAUGCAUGGAGAAAUUAGGUGCCAAUUGGCUAACUUUCAGUACAAAACCACGCUACUGUGAUUGUCACCGCAAGUUUCUCUCGAAAAACCACCGAUAUCGAAAGGACAAAAAGUCUUUCAUUAGAGGUAGAGUGGUACGAGACACCCCGCCCCGAGAUUGACCGGGGAAGCAAUUUUUAACCGGGUUCGACGUAUUCCUACGGUUGUGCAUGAACCAAAUAAGAAGCCAUAUGGGUUUUGUGAUACCCAUAAGUGGACAAAGAGGAGUAUAUUGUGGGAGUUACCAUAUUGGAAAGACCUUCUCAUUCGUCACAAUAUAGAUGUCAUGCACACUGAGAAGAACAUGGUUGACAAUAUAUUUAACACAGUGAUGGAUUUCAAAGGCAAAACUAAAGACGGUCUUGCAUCUCAAAAAGAUAUGACUAUUUGGUGUGACAGACCCGAACUUUCUGUUGAUCUAGAAUAUAAGGGUAACAAUAUUCCAAAAGCAGUCUACAAAGUCACAGAAGCACAAAAAGAAUCAAUAUUACAAUGGCUUGUGUCUUUGAAGUUUCCAGAUGGCUACUGCUCCAACUUGUCCAGAUGCGUGGACAUGGACAAACUUGCAACGACGUCGAGCAUUAAAACUCACAAUGCUCAUGUAAUAAUGCAAAGACUUCUCCCAAUUGCUCUGAAAGAGAUGCUUCCUGAACACGUAUGGUCCUGCAUUACUGAGAUCAGUUUGUUGUUUCAGUCGAUAUGCUCAAGCGUUUUGGAUGCAGCAUCCCUCCAGAGACUAGAAGAGUCUGUUCCCAUGCUGAUGUGUAAUUUGGAAAAGAUAAUGCCUCCAUCAUUUUUCGAUGGAAUGGAACAUCUUGUAAUAUUUCUUCCGUAUGAGGCUUUGAAUGGUGGGCCCGUCUUCUAUCGCUGGAUGUACAAAUUUGAAAGGUUAGUCACAAUUUCAUUUAUCUUUGAAUAUUUAUUUUAUAACAACAUUAAUCUGUGUACCACUUUUAUUUUACAUUGCAGAUUUCUUGGAGAGUUGAAAAAGAAAGUGACCAACAAAGCACACGUUGAGGCUUCAAUUUGUCAAGCGUAUCUUCAACAAGAAAUCUCAACGUUCUCAUCUUUUUAUUUUGAACGUGAAGUCAUCACUAGAAGAAAGAGACCUGCUCGUAACGAUGACAUUGGCGAGGAUUUAUAUGAAAAUGUAGUUUUCAUUUUCAAUUACCCAAGUAGAGGUAAAGGAGAUGCGACAAACCGAUACAUCGUGGGAAAAGAAUUACAAAUUGCGUAUACUUAUAUGCUCAUUAAUUGUCCAAAAAUCUUACCGUUGUAUCAGUAAGUUAAAUUUGUAGUUAUAUUCGUAAUAUAUAUACAAUUAAGGUAGUUGAUUAUAAUAUUUUCAUGUUUGACUUCACGGUGAAUUUAGAGCGGAGUACUCAGCAUUCCCUGACAAUGAAAUUGAUGCAAUGGUGGACUCUCAUUUUAUACCGUGGUACAAGUAUCAGAUCAAUAACCGUGGGAUUGUGGACCCUUUGUUAGUAUCAUUAUUGUGGGGCCCUGGUGCCUAUGCCAAAGUUUGGCGGUCAUAUCUUAUAAACGGUUACACCUAUCACACAGUCGAUUACGGACAGGGCCGACCAACACUGAACAGCGAGUUAUGUGUCCCAACCAUCGGUGAUGAUAACUCAGAAACCAAUUUUUUUGGUGUCUUGCAUGAGAUUCUCGAAUUGGAAAUGCCUUCUACUCGGAAAAAGUUGACAUGCGUUUUGUUCCGCUGCAAAUGGGUCGAUCCAACACGUGGUGUGAGAAAAAAAUUCAAUGUAUAAUAUGAUUGACGUCAACCACUCUCGCGUGUAUACGAAAAAUGAGCCUUUUAUACUCGCUCAACAAGCAGACCAGGUUUAUUAUGCAGAAUACCCUUCAACCAGGCGGACACAGAAUCCUUGGGUGUGUGCAUGUACUGUCCGCCCGAGCAAAAUUGUAUCACAAACUCAACACAAGGACGUUGAUUUAGAUGCUUUUCAGCAACAUUUUUUCCAAUCUCCGCCGAUUGUUGAGACGGUCAACCAUCACAUUCAGUUAAGUGAUCCAAAUGGCGGAAGUGUUGAAGUCAUGCCAGAAAUGCACCUUCCGGACCUAACACCUCCAUUUGAGCGCGAAAUUGUUGAAAUGCAUGAAGAACAACAAAAUGCUCAAUAUCAGGAAGAAGGAGAAUGGAUAGACGAUUCUGAUACAGAAGAAGAUGUUGUAUAUGUAGAAAAUAACGAUUCUGAUA